UCACUCUCACUCUCUCUCUCUUUCACUCUUUUCGCUUUCAUUGUGCGGUGCCAUACUGUAGCCUCCUGCUGCAUAGAGUAAAUUUAGUCAUUAGACUCUCGUUCUCCAUCUCUCUCUCUCUCCCUCCCUCGCUCUCUCAAACACACACACAGACACACACACACACGCUGGAACACUUACGCAUCCGAGAGCACACACUCACAGAGAAGUGGUGGCUAAGCAGGAUUUUACACAAAAGGCAGCAGAGACAAAGAAAGAGAAGUCAAACGGAAAAUUAAGAAAAAGGGUCAAAGGCAUCUUCCAAAUCCGAGACGAGUUGGCACACACUGCCUGUGAUGGUGAGCUGGUGACUGAGCGAUACGCAGUCUGCAGGUUGCACAACUUGUGCUCAAACUAAAGGAGGAGUCUCUCUCAGUGCUGCAGGGGAAAGCAAUCAGCUGUCCAGCCAUGAUGAUGUAUCUGUGGGGUAACCAGGACACACCGGCACCCCCGGACCCAUCUAUGGCGCAGGCUUACCCGUCAGCCCAGUUUGCCCCCCCUCCCCAGAACGGCAUACCUGCUGAAUUCACAGCUUCGCACCCCCAUCCGCAUCCACACUCCCACCCACAUCCACACCAGCACCCAGCAGCACCUCAAGACUACACCGGGGUCCAGGCUUCGGUCAGCGAGCAUCCACUCAACAUGUACCAGUCCUCACAGAACCACAGUGAGCAAAGCGGGUCAGAUUCCAUCAGUCAGACAGUCACCGGCACAGCCACACAGACAGAUGACGCUGCCCAGACAGACAGCCAGCCACCAACACAGACUGUUCCCGAAAGCACAGACAGCAAGGCUCAACCCAAGAGACUUCACGUCUCCAACAUCCCCUUCAGGUUCAGAGACCCAGACCUCAGGCAAAUGUUUGGCCAAUUUGGCAAAAUCUUAGACGUGGAAAUCAUCUUCAACGAGCGCGGCUCUAAGGGUUUUGGGUUCGUAACGUUCGAGCAUAGCAUGGACGCCGACAGGGCAAGGGAGAAAUUACAUGGCACCGUGGUAGAAGGCCGUAAAAUAGAGGUCAACAAUGCAACAGCCAGAGUAAUGACAAACAAGAAGACCGUCAACCCAUAUGCAAAUGGCUGGAAGUUAAAUCCAGUGGUCAGCGCUGUCUACAGCCCAGAAUUCUAUGCAGUACCAGGUUUCCCCUACCCAGCAGCAAGUGCAGCAGCGUACAGAGGAGCUCACCUACGAGGCAGAGGACGGACUGUGUACAACACAUUCAGGGCGGCUGCUCCACCUCCUCACAUCCCUGCAUACGGCGGUGUUGUUUACCAGGAUGGAUUUUAUGGUGCAGAUAUUUAUGGUGGUUACGCUGCCUACAGAUAUGCCCAGCCUACUGCUGCCACAGCUGCUGCAUACAGUGACAGUUACGGACGAGUAUAUGCUGCCGACCCCUACAACCACACACUCACUCCAGCAGCCACAUACAGCGUUGGUGCCAUGAACGCGUUCGCCCCGCUGACAGAUGCCAAAACUCGGAGCCACGCCGAUGACGUGGGGCUGGUGCUGUCCUCUCUCCAGGCUAGUAUAUACCGGGGAGGCUACAGCCGCUUCGCACCCUAUUAGCAACACCUCCAACCUAUACUCAACCUUCCAACAGGACAGAGGGAGAAAGUGUGUGAGCGCAUGAGUGUGUGUGAGCGAAUGGCGAACGACAGAGAGAGAAUGGGGAGAGAGACGUUACUGAGGCCUGGGUAUUGCAAUACAGUACAUGCAGUUUGUGCAUCAUUUCAGCAUCUCCUAAGAGAGAAGUACAAGAAAAAAAAAAAAAAAGAAGAAGAAGAAAAUGACAGCUGAUAUUUUUCAUCUUAUACCUCAGAUAUUUUGUGCUGUGUAUUUUGAUAUUGUGGGUUUUUAAUUUCUAAAGAUUUAAACAUAGUUUAUCAGCUGUAGAGGUUUUUUCCAUGGUACUAAUAGAGAGCUGCUAGAGUAAUGAUUAGGACACAAAGGAAAUAUUUAUCAGAUUCUAAUUGUUAGGGCUUGUAUAGAACUUCAACCCUGUAAAAUAGGUCAUAGUCACACUUUGGGGUUUUUAUGUUUUGUAAAAGUGUUAAAGUGACUAUGCUAGUCAAGUGUUGUUUUUUCUUCUCUCGGUCCUCUUUGGCACUUCCUCUUUCAACUAAGCAAUGAUAGAUUUCUUUUUCUUUCUUUUUUUUUUGUCUUUUGAUUUGGGAGGAAGUAAAGAUGCCUUGGAAUCAUGAACAUAGACAAAAACGGCAGGUUAGAGAAGUCCACCAUCUUGGAUAUAAAUAAAGACUUUUAUUACCUUAUCACACGCUCAUAAUUACUUUACCAAACCAAAACAUUUAUAAUUACCUAAGACAAAAUUCUAUGAAGUGUCUGCAGUCAUAAAAAUAAUAAAAAAAAUGUAUUGUAGCCUAGAUUUUUUUUAUUUAUUUUUAAUUUUUAGUGCAAUACAAGGUUGUGCUUUGCAUUCACCAUGGAGGAAAAACAUUCACGUGUGUUUUUGACUUUGUGUCUUAUGAUUUCAAGAUGUGAUGUGUCUGUUUCAAACAUGAGCAUCAUCCUGAAAACACCCACCAUGUCCCAUCCUUUUCUGUGCUGCAUCAGGUCGGACGGCCAAAGGCUGGACUACCAACCGGCAACGGCCAAGGUUCCCCCGACCUCCAGGGCCUCCAAAAGCCGCAGUUUCCCUCUUAUAAUGUUGUUUACGAGAUGUGUUGCACCUGAUUAAAAUAAUGCAGUGGAACAAAUUCUUUUUUUUUCUUUUUUUUUUCUUUUUUUUCAAAACCUUCCCAGACCUGAAAUAUUUUACAUGACCACAGGUAAAACUUGAGAAAGAUUGUAUUUUUCCAUCAUAUAGCAAACUGUGAGGUCGCGCUAAUUAUUUUAUUUGUUUUGGACAAAAUCUUUUGUUUUCUGUAUUUAGAUUCCGAUAUGUCUAUGUUUACUGUCUUACAGAAAUAGAAAAUGUUCAUAUUUGAGAAACUGGUAUGGAAGUUUGAGCUUUUUUGCCAUAAAAAAAAAAAAUAGAAAUGAUUAAUCAGGUAGCAGAAUGCCAAUCACUUUUCUCUCAAGUGAUUAACGGAUUGACUUUUUCAGAGCACUGGUCAUGUUGUAGGAAAACAACAGAGCUAGGCAAUCACGAGACGCCCCAACAACACACUUUCCCUCACCCAGGAUGUCUUCUUGUUUGUUUGGAACAAUAGCAUUUCGUCCGAGGGGACACCCGCCUCGGUUUCCUCCCCUUGACUUCCAGAGCCUUCAAAACUUCUUCCCAGUUAAACAGAAUUUGUCCGGAAUUUGUUCCACUGAAUUAGAACCGAAAGCUGCAUUCGAGCCGUCCGUGCUGUGGUUCUGACCUUUCAAAAUGAACGUCCAAAAUCUGAGCUGGAUUAUUUUAGAUGACCGCAGAUAAUGCACCAGCCGUGUCUCAUCAAAUCGCUCGAACCUUUGCUCUGGUGGAUAACACAGACAAAACCCACCCAUCAUAUUGUGAUCGUAAGGCUGCCGCCGACCACUUUUCAGUGUAGCUAAUUUAAUGAUUUUGUGUAUUAGAUAAUAUAUUUCAACAUUAUUCCUUUGAGGCCACUGAAUAGCUGCGUCUUGUCGUUUUGGGGAAUUUUUCGCUUUGUAAUAGAGGGUAUGCACGCAACGUCACAUCAAGUGAAGUCGCCGUGGUUACGCCCCUAGAGUGGCAAAAAGUGACAGUUGAACAUGGAGAUUAGCAGCAUUAGUUUGAAUCAUAGGCUUGAAUAGCAUCUAAAUUGUAAAAAUUAAUUUUAAAAAAUGGGACUGACUGAACCAACAGAUCUGAAAAGCGGUCAGAGAUAUAUUCUUACGGAUAUCGCCAACUCUUAAAGAAAAGGGAAGUAAAUGGGAUCACUGCACUGAAACCUGGUGUUGUGGUUCACAUUUAGCGUCAGGUAAUAUUAAUUUAUGCUAUAUUUUUUAUGAAGUCACACCAUAAAUCGCUCCUUAAGUUACGUUCAGGAGCGCUGUCAGAUAACUACAGUAUUGUAUGGCUAACAUUAGUUCUCAGUAAAGCUCUUAGCGUUAGCAUCUUUUAUUUAGCUACAUGUAUCUUAACUGAAAUUACCUAAACUGAGGCUAAUCCACUUUUCCUAAUACUUACUAGUUUGUAUGUAUCAUUGUCGAGUCCAGUUGUCCUUAAUUUAAUCUAAUAAUCUAAAUUUUUCCAAGUCUCUCUUUAUUUACUGCUACAUUUCACUGUGUUUUUGCCACUCAGGGGGGGCGUGGCCCAAGGCGGCGGUGACAUCAGCGCAUACUCUCUAUUUACAAAACUGCAAUUCAUUUUCUCCCAGUUGAUUAAUUGAUUGAUUAUUUCGGUUCUAGAGCAAUGGUCAUUUCCCAGAUGUCUAGGGAAAUAAUGAAACUAGUGCGAUCAUUAGUGGCCCAACAAUAUAGUUUUGCCCGGGGCCUCUCACGAGGUUAAGCCGUCCAUGUUUCAUUUUUUUUUGCUGGAACUAUAGCUUUACUAAAUUAACUACAUUUAUAUUUGGAUGUAAACGCGCUGUGUGUACACGGUGCCCAAACUAGCUUGUAAUUAAUGCCCCCUGUCAGCGGCACGCAUUCCACGCAUUCAAUCUUCCCCUCCAGCUUGCGAGUGAGGCUGGAUGCCACUGUUUUAACCGCUAAUACUAACCCUAAUACACCACCACCACCUCCUCCUCCUCCAAAUGUGUUUCGACUUACAGGCGCACAGCUUGCGGCCCUUGCUUUUUUUUCUUUUAUUUUUUUUUUUGUGUGUGCUCGCUUGCAGCAGCUGGCAGCACAUUAGCCUGGGCCCAAAGUGUUUCUAUACCAGUACAUUCCAGGGAAAUGGCUGGUUGCAGUGGAUGUUUUGACUGAUCACUUAACGCUGAUGAAUCACUUGACCUUACGCGUGUUGUUUCAGCUUAUGGUGAUUACACAGAUGUCUCCCCGCAACUCCUUGCUGUACGUGUGUUGUCCGCGACAUGAAUACCCAGCUAUUAACAUUCAGCAAAAACACAGUGUGCCACUUCUUAACUGACCCGACGAACACAACAACCGGCAACAUCAGUUCCUAUGGCUACAGUGAUUAGGCCAGCUACAAAUAAUUAGUAAUAAUUGCAAGAUAAACAUCUUGUAAUUAUAAGAUACCAAGUCAUUAGAACUAAAUGAGGUGACCAGUAUUUUUUUUUAUUUAUUUUUUUCCAUUGGUGAAUGCAAUGCAUUUUUGGUAAUAACAUGUUUUCCUUUUCAUAACGGCAAAAAUGUACUUCCGUAGUGAUGGCAUCUCUGCACUUUUUGUAAAUUAUCUCGAGAUAGUGUGGUAAUUAAGUCUAGAUCUCUGAAUAAAAUAACGACAACUGGUAGCAUCCAAAAGCUGCUCUCAGCUUUCACAGACGACGUAGUUUGGUUUUCUUAUUCAGGAGAGAACGGUGUGAGCCGGCACGUUAUUCAGGCUGUAGAUUUAUUGACUAAAUGACGCGGUUGUAUCUUACGUGACUUCAAGCCAAAGGUUUCUGGUGGACAUAUCUGGGCAUGUUUAUAUGUAUAGUCAAGAUUCUACAUAGAAUUAUGCGACAUGGAGGAAAAAAAAAAAAAGAAAAAAAAAAGACUGCCAUGGCAAAGUUAAACUGUUCGGCCAUUUAAUCACUUAGUCCACAUGCUAGGAUAUGAAAAAGAAUUGGGGCCACAUGAGUUAAAAUGAUAAUAAUAGUUUUCAAAUUAAUUGCAGAAUUGUCGGGGUCCUGGGGAAGAAAGUCGAGCUUUAAAUCACAGAAUUCUGACUUCUGACGAUGAAACCAUUUCGUGGCACUAAUCCUCUUCCAUACAAAGUAGUGUUGGCCACAUAGAUGUUUUUAUAUAAACUUCCAAUAUAUUCAUUGGUAUAAUUGAUGAUUUUUAUAUUACGGGACAGAUUAAAAAAAAAAAAAAAAAAAUGUAUAUCUAUCAGUGGCCCAAAGCUGCUGUGUCUAUUUUAUUCUUUUGUUCAUAUUGCUUUGUUUUCUUUUCUUUUUUUUCAGAAUUUAAAUUUUAGGGGGGUAAAGUAUAAUAAUCCAACAAUGUAUUAUAUUUGAACUGUGCAGUGAAGAUGUUCUCUUAUAUGAAAUACACAAUGGUAUGAUGUUUUAGAUUUAGAAGAGUAGAUCAGUUGUCAGGGUGAGGUAUCUCAUUAUUAUUAUUGUUUUGUUUUUUUCAAACCAUAUUCAGAUUUUUAUUAAAUCUUUACAAAUAUUGUAAUCACUAUGUAGAUACUAUCAUUAAGACAUCUUUUUGUUGUUGUUUUGACUGUACCAUUUUGCACACGCAGCUUGUAAUUUUCACAUAAACCCGAGACAUAUCAGUGCUGUAAUUGUAAUUUUUCUUGAUAUUUGUUUUUUUUGUUUUUUCUUCUUUUUUUUUUAAAUCAAUUUUGCUGUUUCUGAUCCGUUGUCCUUCCUCUCACGCCAUAAUUUCUGUUAUUUUCUAGAACUCAACCUUUAAUCUUUGAAAAAUAACUGUUUGAAUAUAACGAUACUAAAUAAAUAUGAGAAAUAACUGAUUUGUGAACAGGCUAAACUACGAUGUAAAUAGAAGUUAAUGGAAUAAAUCUGUAGUGCAUUUGAAACGCGCUACACGGGCAACGGGAGAUCGGCUUCGGCUGCAUUGCAAGCCAGCCUACAGGCCUCUCCUGUGCUACAUUCUGUUUACAACUAUUCCCAAUUAGUGGUGUCGUAACAUAUCUCCUUUUUGUAUUUAUAACGAAUUAGAUAUGAAAAACUCUCGGAUGCAUCACAUUAUAAAAAAGGCAGCAGUAAGAGCCUUGGGGUUGCUUGGCCCCUGUGGUUCAAACCUUUGUCUGUGUGCUGUGUGUGAGGACCAGUCGACCAGAAACUGGAAGACUUAGAGUCCUCAUUAAGCUGAAUGUCUGGCUCCGCAACUACUUUAUACAAGCUCUGCUUCCAGUAGGUGUUGUGGUUCAAAAUUCAAGGCUUCCUACCCAGUCAUUGUAUGUGCAUGUACUAUGGUUCUUCCACUAAUCAAUAACCAUUAAUAAAGUUUUGUUUUCUCAAAA